CCAAUGUUUUGGUCGCGUUGACACUCAUGAACCGCAGAGAGUGGUGAGAAAGGGGCUCCAAUCCCCGUCGUAAUGUGGCUGUUUGUGGUGGGCUUUGUCGUCCACCUGAUAUUUUUUGUGUCUGUGUUUGACAUUUACUUCAAGACACCCUUGAGCCAUGGAAUGACCCCGCAAGUGCACGGCAGAGAGCCGGCGGCGCAGAGGCUGGUGCUCCUGGUCGCCGAUGGCCUCCGGGCCGACUCCUUCUAUGACUUCCCGAACGAAACCACGAAAGCGCCCUUUCUCAGAUCUAUCAUUGAGAAAGAUGGGACAUGGGGAGUCUCUCACACUCGAGUACCGACAGAAUCUCGGCCAGGUCAUGUGGCCAUCAUUGCAGGGAUCUUUGAAGACCCAAGUGCAAUUGCAAAAGGAUGGAAAGAGAACCCUGUAGAGUUUGAUUCUGUCUUCAAUGAGAGUCGUCAUACAUGGUGUUGGGGCAGUCCAGAUAUUCUGCCAAUGUUUGCAAGUGGCUCAGAGCGAGGUCACAUAGAGACCUUUAUGUAUGAAGCAGCGGAAGAAGACUUUGCCAGUGAUGAUGCUUCUAGGCUUGAUACUUGGGUCUUUGAUCAUGUUGUUUCCUUCUUUGAAAAAGCCAAGGGAGACAAGAAGCUCAAAGAACGUCUACUGCAGGAUCGCAUAGUGUUUUUCCUCCAUCUUUUAGGAAUUGAUACGAAUGGACAUGCCCACAAGCCAUAUUCCAAGGAAUAUCAAAAUAAUAUUGCUGUUGUUGAUAAAGGGGUUGAAAGAGUUGUCAGAGUGUUUGAAGAUUUUUACAAUGACAAGAAAACGGCUUACAUCUUUACAUCAGACCAUGGAAUGACUGAUUGGGGUUCGCAUGGGGCUGGAGACCCAAGUGAAACAGAAACACCAAUUGUUGCUUGGGGUGCAGGUGUAGCUAAGCCAAAGGAUCCUUCACAGUUCAAAGAGAAGAUGAUGUAUGAUGCACGUGUUGAAAAGUGGGGUUUAACACAUGUCCGUCGCCAUGAUCUUCACCAGGCAGAUAUUGCACCCCUCAUGUCAUCCAUUAUUGGCAUACCAAUACCUGUCAAUAGCAUGAAGCCAUACAAAAAGCCUCAAGGAUUGCCAUGGGUAUUGGGGGGACCAAACAGUGGAUGGUACCCCAUCAGGGCUAUUUCCCGCAUCAACGGGUUUGAACAAGCUGAUUCAAAAAAUAAGCUUUUAGGUUUCCUAAAGUGUCCACAAACUACUGAACAAGAUGGGGUUCCAACCUCCACAUUAAUGGCCCCUAAACCCCAAAUUUUUAAAUUUUCCCGGGGUUUAACCCCAAAGUCCAAUGAUGUUCCCAUAAUGACAUUCAUGGGAAAUUUGUUGUGGGCCUAA